UCUGUGGAUGCUGAGGAGGAGGGCGGGGCUGUUUUCCGUUGCAGUCCUGCAGGGAGUGAUGUAGCAGACAGAGAGGGACCGACAGCAGCGGAGAACACGGCAGUAGGCAACGGUUGUUUUUGUAGCAAAAUAAAUCUGUCUAUUUUAGAUGCAAAAUGGAUUUACUGAUUAACCUCAUCUGACGUCAAAAGGUGUCGGUGGCCUCCUUGCAGCCUGACGCAGGGACAUCUCGUUUCUCUCAGCUCAGGAGACAUAUUUUUCUUCUGUUUGGCCCCCGCACAGUGCAUUGUAGUGGAGCUCCGUACAGCCCACCAUGGCGUGGCCCUGUAUCAGCAGGGCGUGCUGCAUGGCCCGCUUCUGGAACCAGCUGGAUAAGGCUGAUAUUGCGGUGCCUCUGGUGUUCACCAAGUACACGGACGCAUCGGAGCUGCAGCACAUCCAGCUGCAGCCGCCACUGCACGCGCACCAGGCCCGGGUCACCAUAGAUACGCAGCCAUCUCGCACAACUCCUCGCACCAAGCCAGCCGCGCGCCCCCCGCGGAGGUGCGUGUCCGAGGAGCGCGUGUGCAGCUCGGUAAUGCGCGAGGACUUUAAGCACUGGAACGUGCGACCCGAACCGAGCUGUAAACCCAAGAACGAGUACCACGAGCCGGAAACACCGUUCAACAGCGUGACCCAGUACCAGAAGGACUACAAACCCUGGCCUAUCCCCAAAAAGUCCGACCACCCCUGGAUACCUAAGCCCGCCGCCGGGGAGCGCGCUCCGGACAGGCCCCGGCACUCCAAACACCAGGUGGAGGCGGACAGCGGGGUGGAGAAGAGCGCUAUCGCCGACCAGGUGCAGGAGAAGGACUCUUGGUCUCUGCUGGAGACCAAGAAGAAGGUCAGCAAACCGGAGGUGCAGAAGAAACCGGAGGGGCAGAAGAAACCGGAGGGGCAGAAGAAACCCGAGGGGCAGAAGAAACCCGAGGGGCAGAAGACUGUGGUCCUGAAGGGGGAUGGGGAGGGCCGGGGGAGGCCGGCGGAUGCUGUGAACAGGCAGAUCCGAGAGGAGAUCACCGGGGACAGCUCCUACACGUCUGAGUACAAGGCUUACAGAGAUGUGAAGCCGACAAAGAUGAUCCGGGCCCGGUCCCAGUACCUCCCCCCCGACGAGAAGUCCAGCCUGGAGACGAGCUACAGUGCCACCUACAAGGGCCAGGCCCCGCUGCGGCUGGACAACAAGGACCACAAGGCCCUGGACCGGAGGAGGAUACGCAGCCUGUACAGCGAGCCCUACAUGGACCCCAUCACACAGGUUGACAGGUACAGUGCUCUCCGCACUAAACCCAAAAGGCCUGGAGGCGCCCUGGGCAAGCCAGGGAAGAAAGCCAAAGAUAAGCAGAGCGCCGCACUGAGGGGCUCCAAGAAGACCACCUCGGAGAGCCUGCCCGAGAGCCGGCCCGCCGCGGGGGACAAGGAGAAAAGGUUGUGCUAAAACAGUACCACUACGUACAACUCUGCCAGCCAAUCCGAGACAUUGGCUGGGUGCAGACCCUAAAGCAACACCUGUGGGGCUGUGCCCUCCCCGACCCAAGGUAAUCAAUCGAGACAACAGCCAAAGGAAAUAGACCCUGAGCCACAAAUGCACUCAUUCCCAUUCAUACAUGCUCAUGGAGUUGUGAUUGACUUUUGUUUUCUAUUGCAGUGGCACAGUUUUUUUUCAUCUCUGGUCUGAAUAGCACUGUAUAUUUCUCUUCCAUAUGGACCCCAGAAUAGGGGCGGGGGGGCUGUCUGCCGUCACAUCCUACAUGUAAGGUGCCUAUUCUUAAAGAGGCCCCAGGUUUAGUCCAGACAUCUCCAACCAUGUUUAAACCUGUCAGCUGCUGUAAUGCAUUCACUCUUCACAGUUCAACUAAAUGCAUGGCUGUUGCACUCAGGAACACUGCAGGCAACUGAACCGCUGACUUUAAUUACAUGUAUUAUUUCAACAAGUUUCACAUACCGGUAUUGGGUUAGUUGAAAGCAAUAAUAUAAGUUGAACCUAAUAAUUUGAUUCAAAUGGUAUAUUCUUGCUUUCAACUAACCUAAUACAGUUAUGUGAAAUCUGUUGUCAUAAGACAUUUAAUUAAAGUCAACUCUUCAGUUUUUGUAGUGAAGGAGGUCAAUAUUCCAUUCACUUAUAAGUAGGGCUGUACUGUAGUGACCAGCUUGGACAUUUCAACUCCAAAAUUGACUUUCAAAUGUAUGACUAUAGCUUCUUUUUCUAGUGCAAUUCAUUUAUAUUUCUGCACAGUUGCAGAAAAAGAUUUGGCUUCCUUGAUAUUGUAGCAUAAUACCAUUUGCACAAUUCAAAAUGUUCAGCUGAUAUUAUGAAAUAUGUAGACAGAAAUGUGAAGCUUAUUUCAUAGACCUUAUUAGAAGCUUCAAAUGUAAAAAAAAACAACAUUUGUACAGCCCUGUUUAUGAGGCAGGUCUCCUGCAGUUACAUGCACUGAGAUGUAGCACUUUGCAUUCUGCUUGUUGUCACUGGGUCAAAGUUUCAUACUAUGUUUUGUAGUAUAAUGACUUUAAUUUCUUUAAUCUGAAGCAUGCUGCCACUGUUUUCUGUUGGACCUGCAAUCUAAUGUUGUCUUUAAUAAUUUGAGGUGUUAGCUUGAAUGUUAGAUGCGGGGUAAGUAUGCAUGGAAUGAGGGAAGCGGCUCUGCUUUGGAAACAAAGGAACUUGUAAGUGCAUGUUAAAGAUUUUCACUCUGACUUGUACCGAUAAUCUAUAUACUAUUGAAAUGUGGUUUGUUACUUUGCAUAGUGCUAUCUCUUGUAGCUACUAUUUCACAGAACACCCGAGACCCUCAUUGCUCUAAUGGCAUCCUGUAGUUCAUAAAUAUAGAUUAAAACCAAUGGCUUGUAUUGAUCUAAAGAUGCAUCAUUUGAAAUAGAACAAACAUCAUUUCCAUGUGAACUUUCCACUUUUAUAGUCAAGUUUUCCAAGUUAUAUAACUUGAAAGUCACUCUGUAUGUAAUGUUAGUGAUAAGUAAACCCAGAGUGAUGCUGAAGCUGAUCUCCUCUGGAAUGAGCGGUCACAGGGUGCUCAGCACACUGACUUGUGUUAUUCCGCCUGAGAGAAAUGCUUCAUCCCGUGUCUCUUUCUGUCUCCUUCUUCUCUGGUGUCUAAACCAUGUGC